CCUCCUCUCCCUUAUCCUCUAUCAUUCAUUCAUUCUCUUUCUCUCUCUCUCUCUCUCUCUCUUCUCUCUCUUUCCACACACAGAACAACUCAGCUCCAAGCUCCCAUCUGAAAGGAGUUCCAUGCUCCACAAAAAACACACAAACACAGAAAAGAGAGACCCACUAGCCCACUAAGCGAUACAAUUUGAGGGUCACCCACCCCCAAGCUACACACAUACAAAAAUAUAUAUAUAUAUAUUUUCAAAACAUAUAUAGUGGCAGUACUACUACUUCCACUAUAGCUGCUAGCUAGCUACCAGAUAGGAGAAAGAGUGUGUUUUUUUUUUUUUAAAUAAACCCCACCAAUUCAUUUAUUUUUUUUUUCUUUAAAAAAAGUGCUUAUAGAGAGCUUGGUUAUAUGAGAUAGCAAGAUCAUGGAAUUGGAGGCUGAUCAUCAAAAUGGGAUCCGAAGCAGACCCAAUUUCCCUCUGCAGCUGUUAGAGAAAAAGGACGUUGAUGACGUCACAGAACAACCUUGUUCCACCACUACCAGGGACAGCGUCGUAACUGCAACUACAAUUACUACUACUACUUCUGUAACUAAUAACAACCUCCACUUGGCGGAGCAGUCCAAGAAGCCGCCGCCAAAGAGGACUUCCACCAAGGACCGCCACACCAAGGUCGAUGGCCGAGGCCGCCGGAUCCGCAUGCCGGCGGCCUGUGCUGCCAGAGUCUUUCAGCUAACGCGUGAGCUGGGACACAAGUCUGACGGAGAGACCAUAGAGUGGCUCCUCCAGCAGGCCGAGCCUGCGGUCAUCGCUGCCACCGGCACCGGCACCAUUCCCGCCAACUUCACCUCCCUCAACAUCUCCCUCCGCAGCUCCGGCUCCACCAUGUCGGCGCCCUCCCACUACUUCCGCGGAAACUACUUCAACCCUAGCACGUUUUCGACCUCCACAGCCGCUGCUGCGGCUGCGGCGGCGCAGCUAAGGAACCGCGCGGAGUGGGACCGGAGCAUGAGCAUGGUGAUGGAGGAUUCUCGGAGGAGCAUGUUGGAGAACACCUCUUCCAUCUCCGCAAUUUUGAACUUCAACCCUAUGGGUAACAUCAAUGUAAUUCAGCAAGCGAAACAAGAGCUUCGAGAAGAAUCCGGUGGCGGCCUUGACUCGGUGGCUUCGGAUUCUGACGGUAGCUUAGGGAGAAAGAGAAGGCCGGAGCAAGAACUCUCACAAAUGGGAAGCUAUUUGAUACAAUCGAGCACAGGGUCGCUUCCGUCGAGCCACGCCUCCAAUACGGCGGCGUUUUGGAUGGUGGCGGGUCACGGUAACCAAUCCAUGAACGGUGGUGGCGGUGGCGGCAGCGGCAAUGGUAACGACAAUCCCAUAUGGGCAAUUCCCUCUGUUGGGAACAGUGGGGUGUAUAGAGGAGGUAUGUCUCCCCCAGGUGGCAUUCAUUUCAUGAAUUUUGCUUCUCCGAUGCCCCUUAUGCCCGGUGGUCAACUGGGCUCUGGUAUGGUUGGUGGCGGAGGUGGCGGUGGCGGUAACGGCGGUGCUCAACUUCUAAGUGAAAGUAACUUAGGCAUGCUUGCAGCCCUCAAUGCCUACAGACAGAUUCCGGCGAACGGCGUCUCGAGGUCUCCAGGAAGCGGCGGACAAGCUCACGGCGGAGAUGACGGACGGGACUCAACCAGUCAACAUUCCUGAGGGUCCAAUAAUCACGUGUAUGAUCUGAUGCUAGCUUCCUAAUUUUUCUUUUAAUCACUAUUAUUACUAGUGUUACUAUCUCUACUAGUAGUGCUACUGAUCAGUGGUUUCCAAAUUAUAUAUUAAAUACGUAACUACAUAUGUUAUGUUCAUUUGCAAAAACAUGCAAGAAGCGCGGGUUUGAUUGCUUUGGUAUAUUGAGUUGAGUAUGCGAUUUUGGACCUUUGGUGUGAUUUUGGUGAGGUUGAUCAUGUUAGGGUUGGAGAAGAAAUUAAUAUAUACUCGUAUAUUUAUACUUUGUGUAGUAGAUAUAGCUUAGUCUGUUAUUAAUGAUGGUUUUGUGUGGUUGGUGCAGCACUAAGAUUUGGGUGAUUAAUAAAUUAGUGUUGUUUAGAGGAAGGUGGGUAGGUUUAAGAAAGUAAUUAUUUAAGUAUCCAUUAUUGGUGUAAUGAGGUAGGAAUUUGAUGUUUUACUGCAAUGAGUUGAAGAUGGUGUGGUGUUGUGGUAAGUACUGGAAAGACUGUGACAUGCAUGAUGCAUCCCUUAUUGCUGCAGUUGUGAAUUAUGUAUGUGUACUGCACUAGAUAAAUAGGUAGCUAGGGACCAAUAUCUAUAUAAUAGAUGGUUUUGGAUGAGAGAGGCGAGUCCUGAAUCCUCAGCACUUUCUUCAGGCUUUUGAAGUAGAUACCUCUUAAACUCAGGUGGUGACCAGUGAGCCCCCAAGGUUGGCCAUUGCCUAAAAUUAACAUACAGCCACUGCUUCAUCACCAUCUUCAUUCUUUCUCUUUCCUCUAUAAAAUCGAUGCUACUUUCCAUCA